ACCGCGGGGCUGUGGGCGCGGCUCCGCGGACGCGGUCGUGGGCCUCUGGGUGAGGGGGAGCGGAGGAGCGGCCCGGCUCGGCCCGGCCCGGCCCGGCCCGGCGCUCGCACGGCGGCCCCGCGCUCCCUGGAGCGGCUGCGCUCCGCACUGAGCGUGCCUGCCGCCCGCCCGGCCCCUGCCCGCCCGCCCGUUCUGUCUCAUCGCGCUGUUCGGGCCCAGAGGCCCGGCCCGGCCCGCCCCCCGUCCUCCCGUCGCCGCCCAGGCCCGGCUCCCCCUCUCCCCCUUUCGCUCUUACCCUUCGUGGCGCCUUCCCGCUGGGGCUGGGCGCUUCCUGGCCCCGAUGGCGGGCCCCGAGCCUCUGGCCGCGCUGCCGGACGGGGACCUGCUCGACUUCCUGCUGAACGAUGACGCGCCGGCGGCGGGGAGCCCCGCGGGGGACGGCCCGCUGCUGGGGGACUGGGUGCUGCCGGAGCUCGAGCUCCUGGACAAGGAGAUGGACAGCUUCAUCAGCUCCCUGUUGAGCCCCUCUGAGGACGAGCCGUGCCUCCUGCAGGGCUGUUUGCCUGCUGACAGUGACAGCAGCACUUCUGAGGAUCAGAACCCGUUCCAUAGCUCUGGCAGCGAUGUUGCCAGCAGCCCUCAGAGCUCAGACAUCGUGCAGUUUGAUCACAACUAUUCCCUCCAUCAAGAUUGGCCGGCAUUGGAAAGCGUGAGGUCUGACAUGGCAGAAGGAGAUGUUUCCAUUGACCUCGAGACGUGGAUGUGUUUGGAAGGCACAAAUGAGACGCUGCAAGAGAGCUGCAGUUUUCCUGUCACUGUUGCUGUGGAUGCCGGACCCCAGCUUAUGCCUGGAGCCCCCAUGCAGUCCAACUUCCCAGAGCUGGUCCUGACUGAGGAGGAGAGGCAGCUUCUGGAGAAGGAUGGUGUUUCCUUACCAACCUGUUUGCCACUGACCAAAGCUGAAGAGCGACUUCUGAAGAAAGUGCGUCGGAAGAUCCGGAACAAGCAGUCAGCCCAGGAUAGUCGUCGCAGGAAGAAAAUCUAUGUUGAUGGCCUGGAGAACAGGGUGGCAGCUUGCACAGCCCAAAACCAUGAGCUGCAGAAGAAGGUGCAGCUACUGCAAAAGCAGAACAUGUCUUUGCUGGAGCAGCUGCGGAAACUGCAGGCUUUGGUGAGACAGUCCACCACCAAAACUACCACAGCGAGCACCUGCAUCAUGGUCCUGGUCCUUUCUUUCUGCCUCAUUCUCUCACCCAGCCUCUACUCGUUUGGCAGUAGAGGGCCGCAGCCAGAGUUCAGAGUCCUGUCGCGGCAGAUUCGUGAGUUCCCAAACAAGGUCUGGCAGGCAGCACCCGCUGUGCAGGAGGAAGUUGUACUGGAGAGGCUCAGUCCAGAGCCUGAAGACACCUCGUUGGGCAGCCUCAAUCAGUCACGGGAAGAGGGGCAGAGUCCACCCAAGCCUGAUCCAAGAUCUGCAUUCAACGGCAACUCAUCCUCAGACCCUCCUGCGGGCUCUGAGCUGGGCCAUCCCCAGCCUCAGGAGCAGCAGUCCCGGAGGGACGCCUUGCACUCGGAAGUGCUGGCACCAUGGAAAGAUGAGAAUCAGGAGUGGGUGGAGCGCACCACCAGCGUUGUCAUCCAGCAGCACCGCACCGAUGAGAUGUGACCGUCCCCCCCUUGCUGCCUGACAGGGUGAGGCUGGGCACCCUGUUGGGGAGGGUCAGCCAGAACUGUGUUAACAUAUAAUCUGUAAAAGCAGAUGCUUUUAUAUCGUCUUCUAAUUGCUGGCAGCUCAGAGGGUAUAACAGAGAGGAAUCAUUUUAGAGAUGAUCUAUCCCUACACUCUGCUCUGUAUAUCUGUAACAGGAGCCUAUCCCAAGAUGUGGUAGGAAGCUCAGGGAGCUUUGUUCCCUGCAGCCUUGGGCAAGCCUUCAGACUCACUGGGGAUGCGCUCUGGCCUGGAGGUUGAAAGCAUCUGGGCCUGAGGUGUGAGUACCUGCAAGGCUGCUGCUGAUGAAUGCCACUGGCGCUUCUUCCCUGCCCAUGGAGGUGAACAGGCUGGGUCCUGCUCUUACUGCAUCUGGUGGCCACAAGCACGUGUCCCUUGUCCCUUAUCUUUAGUCCUGCAGUGAUUUCUGAUUUCUCAGUGUGAUGCUGAUCUUCAGUGCCCUGACUGGGAGUGGUCCUCCCCUUGCAGCAGACCCUGCACUUCCCCUGUUCUUCUUCACUCUUGAGCCAUGGGCACAGCUUUUGUCGUAGCUAGAGGAGAUGAUGGGGAGUUCUUUCCAAGCUGUGCAUGUCAGUUUCCGUCACAGAGGCCUGAGCCUCUCCUCUCCCACAGCUCUGGGAGCUGGGCUUCUGCCCAUCAGGGAGAUAAAGGAAGCUUUCUGCCAGACUACUAACAGCAGCAGAGAGCUCAGAGAGGCAGAGCCUCUUAUUCUGAAGGUUUUCCUUUCUGCAGCUCAGGCUCAGAGCUGCGCUGUGAGCUUGAGCUCUGCUGCACUGACCAGUGAAGCUUUUUGCUGGCUCUGGUCACUCUGUGAGGCUGAGCACUUUGCACUGGGGCCUCGUGUCCUUCCUGGAAUACAAUUGAGUGGUACCUGUUGAGCGUAUCUCCUUGUCCUAUUUUAGAUCUAAGCAGAUGACAUUUCCUUGUUAAUGAUGGGAAAAUAAAACAUGCCCUCUGUGCAA